GUCCAAUAUCGACACCAACACUGACGCAAAGACGUCUCAGAAUCCCCUCACUCUCAACCUUCUGGCAAUUUUCAUAUCAGUCGUCCUUCUCUACACUCCAUCUCUUCUUGUAGGAGAUAAUUGCAGGUCAUCACCUACCUGUGGUUUGUCUCGUGCUCUGGGCUCCGGCACCUGGUCCCUCGACAAGACGGAGCCAGGUGUCCCAGACGAGAACACUGCUACUGAUUGCCCAGUCCCAUUGAGCUACAUGCCAAGUGUAGGUCAAAUAUCAUCCUGAGCCGAAUCCAACGACUUCAAUUAGCUUCCAGUACUGUCAGAGCUACUAUGGCUGCCCCGAUUGAUCCCAGUCAGGAUCCACUGGUGGCUGCUCUGCCCCCCGCCACCGAUUAUGUGACUUAUUUGACUCUUUUGGAAUAUCAAUUGACCUCUGAAAACUUGCCCACUCUGACGAGGUUGCUGACUGAAGAUGAUGGCACUCUGGCCGAAGAAAUUGGCUGGGACCUCUUGAAGCUUGUCCUUCGUCUUUUGGUCAAAACCCCCCCCGAGGCAAACCGUUGCCUAGAGAUCAUCAGUCGCAGGGGCAACCCACGUGAAGUGGUGGUUCGAGUCGCUGAAGAACUGGAGCAGCUUGGUGAAACUGCAAUUGAAACUCCCUGGAACGAACAAGAAGACGACAAUGAAGGUGAUCAGUUGCCAACUUUUGCGGGAGAGGCUCCUCGCGUCCAUCUUGGAGACAUGACGCUGGACGGCAUGAAGCAGGACAAGCAGCAAACCCCCCCAGCAACCAAACCUCAAUCCGUUAGUCCUGCCAACUUGCCCUCAGAUACAGACGUCAAUUCCUUGAAGUUUACAGCACUUGUUCGGAUGCUGGGUAUUUUGCAUCCUAGGAUCAAGACUCAGUACCCUAGUCGAUUCUUGGCCACUUCUCUUCCAGCCGCCCUAGGAGCCUACCGACAUAUUCCAAUCACGGAAGCCACCACCAUAUCUUUCCUGGAUAUGUUGGAGAAACUCGCCGCUGAAAGUCGACCUCCUCUUCCUCCCCGAGCGAGCGCCACUCAAGUUCCAACCACUGCCUCCCAAGCUGAGGGUGGCUCAGAGUCAGCAAAUGUUGCCGUGCUACCAGAUCCGGAGUCCAAUGCGGAAAAGAACGACAAAGGCGUCAAUUCACCCUCCCCGGAGGAAAAAGUCAUUGUCACUCGAUUACUGCAGGCCGUACUUUUGGAAGUUCUGGACGAGUAUCUAUCCUCUUUCACGACCCUGGACGAUCCCUCCAUGUCCUGGACCAGUCGUCUGCGAGAGCAAUUCGAGCCAAAGAGGGUUGUUCCCACCAAGACUACAGAAACAAAACGUUUUGAGAACAGUCCAGAUCUGAAACAAAGAGACGCCAUUCUUAUGCAGUUGGGAAAGCUGAGCAAACUUCUUGGCUUCGGAGCAUUUGAAGAGGUGAAAAAGCUCGGUCAUGAUGAUGAUGAUGACACACAAGAAAUCCAUGACCCAGAGCAUCAAGUCUCCGAAUAUCCCACUACCCCGAGUCAGAUCCCGCUGCCUGCCAACGGAAUCAUCUUCUUAUGUGCAUCCCAGUUGUACCUGGACUCCCAGGCACCAUACUCGACCCUCCCACUUCCUGUCAUUGCUCACUUGAUCGAUCAUACCGCCCCACUCUCUGCAUCACCGACCAUACCAAAUCCCGCAUUGCUGGAUUCUCUCUUGUCACUACUCUACAGAAAGACAGUUGUCUCAGGGGAUGCCGAGAUAAGUUCAUCCUCGGACUCCCGAUUGUCUCACGCCAAGUUCCUCCUCCUCUUGAGUACCCUAACCCAGCUCUUCACCAUCACGCCCUGGGCCGACCUCCGCGACUCGCUCCACUACGUGGCAACCAAAUUGCUCCAUGCUUACCCUGAAUCCGCUACGAGACUGCAAGUGGUGGCUCAGACUGUGCAAGGUAGCACAUUGAGCUCCAACUGGGAUGAGGUGGAAGAAGAGCCAACCCCUGUGCCUGGCAUCGAUGAAGAAACAGGUCUUACCAGAAGCAUUUCAGCUUUGCAACCAAACCCCAUUCCCUUGGCUCCUCCCCAACAACUGGGCGUCUUGAGAUCUGUUGGAGUGGACUGGCUCAAGGAUGAGUUUUUGACUCGGCUUCGACAAGAGAGCCCAGACGCCAAAAAAGGGCUGGGACUUGACCUUCUUGCCGACGGGGAACAUGAAUUCUCAUCAGCAAGAACUCAGAUCCUGGACGUUCUUCUUCCGGACGAUCUGCCAUCAUUAGCGUCCAUAGCCAAAACCCAUGCAUCAACCACCUCAUCGGCACACGAUGAGGACGAUUCUGUGUCCGAUUUUCUCUUGAAUAUACCUUUUUACAUUUCGACCUUGAACCUACUCUACGUCGUGGCACCGCAACUUUCGUCUGAAAAAUUUGUCGAAUUCACCCGCCGCGCGAGGGGAUUUGUCAAGACUCUCAAUUCGUCACUUGAGUACCUGAGCUCAAUUCUGAAGCAGAUUGGGGAUACUGGGGAUAACCAGGGGCAGGACAACUACCUUUUAGAAAGCUUGGGAGACGUCAAUGCUUUGCAGGAUUCGCUCCAACGUGUGGUGGCGAUAUCGAACCUUUCAAGUUAAGAUCGGGCGAGGACAAUGGUGCACAGCCUGUUCUCGAGGCAAUAUGUAUUUGGAAGGAACAUGAUUUGACUGUGUUGGAAUCAUCGAAACGCCAGAACUGUGACUUUCGACAGACGAUGGAUUGAUUUGUUGUUGGUUGGCUACCACAUUCUCUUUGCUUCUGUAAGAUGAAUCAGAAAUUGAUAUUGUUGACGAAGUCAUUGACUCCAAGUGCGGUGCAUACUUCUUCCGAGCUUGAUCGAAGCGUCGGCCGAACGAGAACAAGGUUUCAAGGGGUGCAGACAAGCGGCAGCACAGGACGACAUGUUGGUCAUGGACGAGCUCACAUAAUAUGGACAAGCAAGAAAGCGGAUCGCCA